CCUCUCAGUACGCAGGUGCGGGUGUGUGCGUGCUGAGCUCCAGCGCCAAACCCAAACUUUUACGCACGGUGCCGCUGCUUCACCUUCCUCUCGCUCCUCGGUGGAUUUUGCACCUGAUCACAACCGGCUUCCGUGAUUCCGGUGGAUUACCGGUGGAUUCCUCGCGGAGCCAUGCGCUCACUCUGCGGGUUCAUGUUGGGUCGCGGCCGCCGAGUCCUCGCAGGGAACCGAUGCGACUUGGAUUGCCUCCAUUCCCGUUUCCGCAUUCCCGCAGCCGCCGUGCGCACUGCAGACGCGGAGCUGCGACCCACGAUCUCGACAGAACAAACCGGUUCCUCCGGAUCCUCCACCUCCGAGCUGCUGGCGCUGCGUAAUGUUUGCAGCUAGAGAGCGAGGGGGACCUGGAGGAGCGAGCGGCCGGAGCUUGCAGGCGCGGAGAGGCCGCUGUGUGUGGACUGAUCGAGGCUGAACACACCUUCAUGUCCCGGGAUGGAGAGCUGCUGCCGCUCGUGUAUGCCGUGUUUCAACCGGCUCUGGAACUGGAUCUGGCCCGACUUCCGCUACCCGAACGUCCCCAACCACAACCAUGUCAUCGCCAACCCGGCGGCGCAGGCGGCGGAGAUCCGCACCGUGUCCGGCGACAUCCGCGUCCCGUCCCCCAAGAAGCGGCCGGUGCAGCUGUACGCGGCGCUGUUCGACUUCGUGGCCCGAAGCGACGACGAGCUGACGGUGAAGGAGGGAGACAAACUGUCGGUGAUCGAGAAGCGAGGCGACUACGUGCUGGCGAAGAAAGUGACCGGGUCCCUGGAGUCCGGACUGAUCCCGGCCAACUACCUGGCUCUGCUGCAGGACGAGUUCGCCAAACACAAGUGGUACUAUGGGAACAUAAACCGAGUGAAAGCUGAGAAGCUUCUUCUGGCUUCCCAAAACAAAGAUGGCUCCUUCCUGGUUCGCAUCAGUGAGAGUCACAGUGACGAGUACACGAUCUCCGCUCGCAGUGAGGGGAAGGUUUAUCACUUCAGGAUCCAGCGCUCCAGCAUCGGUGCGUACUUCGUCUCAGAUAAAGUCUCCUUCGCCACGCUGGGCGAGCUCAUCUCCUACUACCAGAAGAACCCCCGCAGCCUGGGAGUGCUGCUGGAGGAGCCCUGCGCCCAACAGCCGUGGUCACCAGAGCCUCCGCUGACUGAGCCUGGACAAGCAGAGGACAAUGACCUGGUGGGCUGGGACAUCAUGAUUGACAAGGACACGAAGCAGGACGAGUUUGUGAAGGAGGUUCAGGCGCUGAAGAGCCUCCAUCACCCGAAGCUGAUCCAGCUGUUGGCCAUGUGCUCCAGAGGAGAGCCGGUCUACAUCGUCACCGAGCUCAUGAGCAAAGGAAGCCUCAAGUCCUACCUCGCCUCUGCUGAAGGUCAGGUGCUGACGUCCGCUCACCUCAUCUACAUGGGCAGUCAGAUCGCAGAGGGCAUGGCCUACCUGGAGGACAGGAACAUCGUCCACAGGGACCUGGCGGCCAGGAACGUCCUGGUGGGAGACGAUCUGGUCUGCAAGGUGGCCGACUUCGGACUGGCUCGGAUUAUUAAGGACAGUGUUUAUACAGCGAGCAGAAGCACGAAGAUCCCCGUUCGGUGGACGGCGCCUGAAGCAGCGAUUUACCAGCGGUUCUCUGUCAAAUCAGACGUUUGGUCGUUUGGCGUUUUGCUGUACGAGAUGAUGUCACGUGGCAAAAUGCCUUAUGAAGGAAAAAGCAACAAGGAGGUGUUGGACCUGCUGUCGUCUGGAUUCCGGCUGCCCUGUCCGACCCGCUGCCCCCAGAAUAUUUACCGUAUCAUGAUGGACUGCUGGGCCGCUGAGCCGUCCAAGAGACCCUCCUUCCACGCCCUGCACAGCCAGCUGGACUCCAUCUAUGCCCGGAUAUAUUUCAAAACUAUAGAGGUAUAGAACGAGGGACACAGGGGGACAAAGGGACGAUUAGAGGAUGGUCCUCGACAGACGGACACGAAGGAUCCUUUUUAAUGCCAUACACGUCUACAACAGGGUAAAUGUAUUUUAGCAUCAGUGCACCGGAAACUGACGUCCACACGUGAGAUGUGACGGAGAGGUCGCUCGUCUCACAUGACCUCACGAGACAAUUCUUCUUUUGUAAGAGUCAGGAGACUGAACUGAGAACAGCCUGAGGAAGGUGUGUGAAUUCACUGCUUCACACCGCAGCACAUUCACGGCACCAACUGCUUUUACUUUUAUACCCGUCUGUGUUUUAUAAAUGAGGUUUUGUUACCUGUGUUCGUGCCAUGUCUGUGUAUGCACACAUUGAAGCGUUAUGAAAUCACAGGUCAGGACUUAAACUAAUCACCUGUCUUCUGAUCGUAAAGCCAGUUUGAGGUUAUGUGCAAUAAUGAAACGCUGGAGGCAGAGACGACAAACUGUCUCGUCACAGACGAAGAAUACGAACCUUCAAGCAAAGGAUGAAUCCAACAGCUCUGGUGACCUCAGAUCUUCUGAUGAAUCAUCUUCAUCUGUGCUUGAGGUCAAAGAACAGGAUUCAGUCUGGUGUCAGGACAGGAGGGACGAUGACAGAGUCCAGCCACCGUCCCUCAAAUUCAAUCAAGCUGCAGCAAAUUACACGUUGAUAGAAAUCGUCCUCCAAACAUCGGAGUCUUUUCCUGGAGAUCGAUGACUGAUGCAGAGAAAUCUGUGAAAACUGCUUCAAGCUAUUUUCUAAAAAGAUGAUUUGACUUUUUAGAAAAUUCUUCAAAUCUCUUGUGAAACUUUAAAUAAUUGUUUUGAUGGUUUAACAAAGUCUCAGGUUCACAGAAGAUGAAGACCGUGUGUAAGAAGUAGUAGAUGAACCUCCACCAUGAAUUAUUCAACAUCUGUGAUCCUGCUGACAACAAACUGCUUCAUAUCCUCGCUGCUGGAGGAAACAACUUAGUUACUGCACAUUUAACAGCAUGGUUUGUUUUCGGGACACUUCCAUAUAUUUUGUGGAUGUCUGCUUUGACAACCUCUCGACGAUGGUCAGAGGAGAAGCUCGACUCCACGCUCGUCCCUCUGCAUCAACCACGGCCGUGUUAGCUUAGCCACCGACAGAGCUAGCCUUAAUGUGAGCAUAGACUGUAAACACGUGAAGUCAGAGUCCGUGCAGCAGCGAUCACGAUGCCAUGGUGUCGAGGGCUGUCACCACACUCGACCAAUCACGAGUCAGUCUCAGCUGUCAAUCAAAUAACAGUUUCAAACCAAACUGAUCAGAAACACUUGAACAAACAUCAGUGAGAUUUUUUAGUUUGGUCCAUGUCCCAUCUGUUAACAUGGAGGAGGUGGAGUUUAUGACCUGUACUGCAGUCAGACACCAGGGGGCGAUCCAGAAGUUUAGGCUUCACUUCUGGGAGCCGUCACGUCGUCCAUGUUUCCUCACAGUACUUACAGUUAUUGUAAAGGUAAUUAGAUGCUUGUUUAUAUGAACAGCAGCUCUCACACACACACACACGUUAAACAAACUAAUAUCCCUCGAGCUUUAAUGUUAGCAUGCUAACUAGCAUACAUUCUACCUACUAGCAUUGUGCCACACAGAAAUGUAGCGUUUGUUGCACGUCAGCGCUGAUCGAGUGGAAAAGGUUUCGACUGAGAAGCUCAACGUGAUAAACCCAGACAAACAUACUGUAGCGCCACCUUCAGGACAAAUUCUACACUUCUGUCCCACUAGUAAUCGAUCAGGGUCAAAGGGCUGUAGCUUCAGAUCUAAGUGCAUUUAGUCCAAAUCCACGUUCACUCACUGAUGGUGGAAACAACCGAAGCUUUGUCGAUCCUGAAUCUCAUCAUCAAUCAUGAGUGUGUUGUGGGCGUGACAUGCAAUUAACCAAUCAGAGAGCCUCCUCCCUUUAACGGCCUGGUCCGAGCGGCUUCACUCGGUUGUCUUGUUAUUAACCACGAGCAUUAAGUAUCUCAUCAGCCCACCUUCUAUGACAGGGACGUGAGGAGGUUUCAUCAACAUGUUACAUGUGUGGGAAUUGUUUUGUGAUAAUGUGAUUGUUGCUGACGCGGUGCUUGAAAAGCCACUUGGCCACAGUGCCAUAUGUACAGGCCUUAAGUUAUUAAAGCUCCUCUGCAGGCCCACGAGUUACAACUGGAGUGCUUAUGUUUACACACGUCAAACUACGAAACAUGGACAAUAACUACAAAAAUGAACAAAACGCAAAAAGUAAAUGGGGCUCAGCUCCAGUGAGCAGGAACUGGGACUUUCUUCUCCACCAACUCUACGACAGGGUUGCGAUGCAAUGUGAUUUCAGAACAAUGCAACUUUGGUCUUUUUAUGCAUGAAAUGUACAGAAGACGAAGCCGAGUUCAGGAAACUUGAGCCAUAAAUCACCAAGUCACAAGAUGGACACCAGUGUUUUCGGCUGUUUGCCAUCAGGAACCAAACACCAGUAGUGCAAAGAAUAAAGUAUUUGAAGUUUUGUUUUGAA